AUGUUGAUGGAACUACCAUUGGAGAUUCAGAUGAGGCUCCUAUACAUGGUGCCACAAUCUAACUUGAAGUACAUCAAUUCCCAUUUCUACAUCUUGUACAAUGACUUAUUUUAUCACAAGAUUGUUGCAGUAUUUGGUGACGAUACCAUCAAUGUCAUUAUCAAAAUCUUGCCGUGGCUCAAACCAUACAUCAAAUCCCUUGAUUCGUUUCGAUAUGUCAAUAGAAUGAUUAUUGCCAAGAGGUUGACGUUGAUAGACAACUUGAAUAAGGAGGAUGAAAAUGUGACGUUUAAUAUUAAUGAGGGUAUCAGUGGGCUUAGAGCCAUGAAGACGACCCCUGACCAUGUUGAUUCGGUUAAGCAAGGUUUUUUCAAUGAAAGUGGUGGUGGAAUUGCGCAUCAAGAAGAACACGACCAAGAAGGCGCCCUACUGUUUGUGUCUCUGCCAAUGGGCCAUAACCCUCUCAAUGUGCAGUAUGUUAAAGAUUCAUGGAAAUACAUCUACUCAGUGUUGAAGAAUAAGAGAUUGUAUGCUGAGUAUUCCGACUACAAGAUUGAUGAACCAAGAAACUAUGUCUACAACCAUUUUGUGGAGAUUAAUCGAACUUAUUUAUUGAGUUAUUCCAAGGACGUGUGGUUAGCCCCAGGACAAUAUAAUUUGAAUAUGGGACUUGCUGUCAAGUAUGGUCAUGGAUUGGGCACUACUAAAUUUGAAAUAAGAUACAAUGUUUACGAUGAAGAUGACGAAGAGGAAACAGAGGACCACGUAAUGGAGGCAGAGGCACAAUUUUUUGAAACAAUCACUCAAGGAAGGCAAGGGACAGGUGCAAGUGCAGGUACAGAGGAUAGUACAGAAGUGGCAUUACAACAAAAUGUGCGAGAAACCGAUGUCGACGUGGUUGGUGCAAGAGCUACUUAUAACGGUAAUAGUAAUAACAUCCUCAACCAUACCAAUACCAAUCACAAUGACAAUAGAAACACAAUCCUUGCAAAUAGAUAUUUCCGGCCUAAUGGUGGAGCCAAUGGGGGAGGUGUUGACAGAAGUGUCAAUGGAUUCAUGGAUCAAACAGUAGACACAGACAACAACAACAACAACAACAACCAAAAUGAUGAGAAUAAUGAUAACCCAAACACUUCCAACAUUGACAACCUUGUCAAUGAUACUCGAACUAGUGCCACUGUUACGAAACUGUUUUACCCUCCUACAAACAUCAAUGACAUAUUACCCAAGAACCAAUUUUGUUUUCUUCGGGUGGCCCAAUUUACCAUACCUCCCAAAGAUAACCAAGAGAUGAAGAGAAACAAGUUGCGUAAAGUGACAAUUAAAAUGGAAGAAAUCGGGUUGUAUUUGAAGAGUGGGUUUAGGAUAUACUUUAUCGACAUUAGCCAACCCUCUAUGUUGUAUGACGAGUAUGAUUUGUUGUACUACUCAAUCAAGCAAACGGAGUACAAGUAUUUUAUCAACAUUUUAUUGAAGAAUUUGUAUAAAGCAUUGAAUUAUGUUCAGAAUGGAGGCACAAGUGGGGGAGAGGGUGGUGAUGGUAUUGGUGGUGGUGGUGAUGAUGGUAUUGGUGGGGUGGUUGGAGUUGGAAAGUAUGGCAGUGGAGAUCCUUAUGAUAUAUGGGACGAGUAUGAUAAAUCGUUUUUGAAAGAGUACAGUGAAGAAAUUGUGAAUGAUUCAAACUCGGCCUCGAUUGUGAAAUUGGACGGGUGGCCAACACACAAGAGAACAUCCUCAUUAAAGCUAGCUGACUCAGUGUCAGCUGUAUCUUCCUCGUCAUCAUUGAGUUCCUUACAGCUACACACCACAUUCAAGUACAAUUUGAAAAAAUUGUCCAAUUAUGCCAAUUUUUAUUUCAAGAAUACAACUAACACCAAGAGAUUCUACAAGUUUAGUACAAUUUAUCAACAACGGCAGUUUAUUAAUCGAUUUGGAGAUUACAAUUUGGAUUUCAAAGAGCAUUUGAGCAGACCACUGCAGCCAUUAAGAGAACCGAGUCAAGGGACUCUACUGCAAGAAAAGAAAGUGGUUAUGAGUGCAAACCUUGGACACCUGGCGGGAGCUGUUGGGUUAAGAGCUCAGAAUAGUAGUGGCAGUGGUGGUAGUCAUGGUGGUGAAGAUACUGAGGAGUAUCGACAAGUUCCUGAGUCGAGGUGUGGCUAUGAUAAAUUGGGAUUGAAGUGGAAGAUACCGAUUGUUGGAGAAUUGUAA